GCCGAUUUUGAGAUUUUACGAUGGAUACAAUGUCCAGGUUCAUUUCCGUAUACAGUAUGCGUCAUGUACCUAAGUGACCAAUGAAAAGUUGUGAAAUCAUGUCAUCUGAUUUUCAAGUAUAUCCAUUUGGUGUCAAAGCUGUCAAUCACGCCGCGUAUCUCCCGCUCUGUGGAGCCAUCUCAGCUGUCUCGUGUCAUCUCAUUAGCGUCUCUGGAAGCGCAUCAUCGGGUAGCUGAAUAACACUUUGAAGGUAAGGUAUUUCGUUUUUUUGUCAACUGUACUCAAGUUUAAUCUAGUUGCAAUAUAUUCACAACUGUUAUUUACCGGUAGGCCUAAAUUAUCUAGAUUAAGUAAUUGUCAUCUAAUAUUUUUAUUGUGAACCUGGCUGACGACGAACGUAAAUGUAGUAGGCUAGGCUAAACUCUCCAGAGGCUAGCCUACUUCUCCACAGAUUAGCUUGCUUGCUGCUUGCUAGUUGGUAAAUAAACUCAGUGACAUUGAUACGAUUCAAACAAAUAUGUUUUUUUCCAGAGUUUAAGUGAUGAAAUUAUAGACUGUAAUGUUACUAUCGUGAUUGUCACUAGAACAUGCCUCACUCGUACCGCUUGGUAGAGGCUGAGCAUUUCCAACACUAUACCCAACUUGCUACGAUUUCAUUUGCGGAGAUGUUAACGCACGGAUUUCCGAAGUGAAGCUAUGUUGACAGGGCAUAGCGCUACAUUUUUUCUGAUAUGGUUUUCUCCCUUCCUUCAGGAUGUCUUUCUCUGUUAAGGAGCUGUGUGAAAUGGUCAAUGUCAGCUAUGAUAGGGAACUUGAGGCGAACGUGAGGGUCAGCAAUGAGGAGGAAGGUCUGUAGGAAACUAGAAUUGAGUCAGCCAGACAGGAAAGUCUACACUGUAGGCUAUUCAUUACUCUAAAUGGUUUCCCUCUCUGUCAUUCUUAGAUUCAGUUGAAAGUGACGGUGGAGAUACAGCUGCCAAUGAGGACUCACUUGAACACGAUCCUGAAAAUGACCCGGAUUACACACCUGUCAAUGAAGAUGCUGUUGCUGUUGACCGGGGAAGGUCAAGGAAGAGGGCCAACCCAGACGCUUGGAAGGGUAACAUCCAGAAAAGGAGAAGAAUGAGGGGCCAAUCAUAUCUUGGACGGAAAAAAAAUGAAUUCAUCAACAAAGAAGAACGAAAAAUGGAGGGGCGGUGCCUGGCUGAGUCCUGCCAGAAAUCCAGCAAACUACACUGCACCGAAAUCGAUGAAGGGAAGAGGGAAGAAAUAUUCAAGUAUUUUUGGGGGAAAUUGGACUGGAAAGAAAGGAAAAUCUACGUGAAGUCACUGGCGGAGGUUAGUGAUGUCAAGCGGCGCCGGACAGAAGCGGUUCAGUCUCGGAGGUCAGCAUCUCUCUGUUGUUUUUUAUGUGUUGAUGGUAGAAGGCUCAGAGUUUGUCAGCGGAUGUUCCUGUCAACCCUUGGCAUCAAGCAGUGGAGUUUUCUAAAAUGGGUUGGAAGAAGAGAGGAAAGUCCUGAGAAGACGGCAAGAGUGAGGGUGAGGACAGAGGAGCGGGACUUCCUAAAGUCCUUUCUUCUUGAUCUGCCGAAAGUACCAUCGCACUACUGUAGGUCCUCCUCUUCCAAGAUGUACCUGGAGCCGUUAUUCAGGUCAAUUAAUCAUCUCCACUCACAAUAUAAGCAAACAUGUGCAGCCAACGGCAUCCAGCCUCUGUCAAGACAAGUGUUCAGUAACACCUUUAAGGAAUUAAAUCUGUCAUUGUUCCAUCCAAAGAAAGAUCAAUGUGACACUUGCUGUGCCUUCAAAGCCGGUAACAUCGAGGCUGCUGUGUGGGAGGAACACUGCGUUAAGAAGGACGAGGCACGAGCAGAAAAGGAAAGCGACAAACAACUUGCAAAUAACACCACCUUGGUUGCAUGCAUGGAUCUGCAGGGCCUUCUCCUCUGCCCAAAGCUUCAAGCGUCUGCCCUCUACUUCAAAAUGAAGCUCGGUGUCCAUAAUUUUACCAUCUACAAUAUGGCAUCACAUGAAGCGACAAAUUACCUUUGGCAUGAGGGUGAGGGGGGGGUCUCUGCCAAUGAGUUUGCCUCCUGCAUUGUGGACUAUCUUGAAACACACCCCACUUACACUGAAUUCAUUCUUUGGAGUGAUGGGUGUGGUUAUCAAAACCGAAACCUGGUCCUGAGCAAUGCCCUCUUGAAGUUUGCCACUGAAAGAAAAAAGCAAGUGACGCAGAAGUACCUUCAAAGAGGCCACACACAGAUGGAAUGUGACUCGGUGCACAGUGUGAUUGACAGAAAAUUGAGGAACCGAGAUGUACAUGUUCCAGCUGAGUAUGCUGCAGUCAUUCGGGGAGCUCGUUCAAGUCCAAAACCAUACGAGCUGAAGUAUGUUGAUUACAGCUUUUUCCAAGACUUCAGCAAAGUGAACAUCUGCAAGUCAAUUCGACCUGGUAGCAAAGUUGGCGAUCCUACGGUGCAUGACCUCCGAGCAGUCAGAUACAAUGUGGAUGGCAGUAUGGAGUUCAAAUUACUCCACUCCGACAACUGGCAACCCUUCACAUCCCCAUCCCUGAGGAAGACGUGUGUCAGCGUGGCCCCACUCUAUACAUCCCCCCAGAAAAUUAAAGCACUGAAGUUCAAGCACCUUCAAGAACUGAAACAUGUCUUACCGAAGGACUUUCAUCCAUUUUACGAUGCACUUGACCAUGAAUGAUGGUCAGCUCAACAAACAAUUAACAUACACACCACUAUUGAACGUUAUUUAUGUAUUUAUUUAUUUAUUGAUAAAAGCAAGUGUGGUUUUUCUGACUACCUAGAUAAAUGUGUUAUUGAUUAAUGAAAUGUUAAUAAAUAGAACAAGUUAUUGUUUAUGUGCAUGUUUCAAAUGACUUGGUUUUAUCUGUUGAACUCUUGGAAUUCCUAUCUGCUAAUCUGACAGGAAAGACAUGAUUAAAAUCUUGCAUUUAGGCAAGUUGCUAUUUUAUAAUUCCACCUGUAGUAGCAGUAGUGAGCCUAAUUAGUCGUGCUUGAAUCACCUGAAGAAGAAAAGGGAAUAAACAGGAACGGGCUAACUGGAGUUUAGUGAAAUGGCAGCUUCAUUUUUCAUUUUCUUUUCUGCAAUACAGUGCCAAAUAAAUAUCAUUUUGAUGAUAGCCUGGUGAGACAAUAGCUUUCCUUUACAGUAGGCCUAACUUUAUCGCUAGAAAAAGUUUUCCCCUUGUCGCCUGAGACGUAGGUCUAGGAGUGGAGGAGUGACGUUAGACCUACCGUAAUUCAUUUUUUUGGCACGGUAGGUCUCGUUACAACCUCUGUCUAGCUUGUUAGCGUACUGAUUCAUUAUCCCAUAGUUAGCAGGAGACAUAAUUAUGAAGGGACAAUGAAUCAGUUCACUGAUUUUCAUACUGACAAGAUAAAUAGGCUAUGCUCAGUUUAUUAAAUAGCCUUAGGUUGGACGUAGGCUAUUUAAUAAACUUAGUGUAGCCUAUUCAUCUGUCAGUAUGAAACGCGACUUGCCCAUUCAUGAUCGGAAGAACGCGUAUCGACCACCGUUACUGUAAAAUAUGCACGUAUAUCCAUUUAAACUAGAUUUUGGUAAAAUGUGAACUAUACCUUCACACUGUCAAUAUUACGAUUAUAAUUAAAGAUGACAUAC